UCCAAACACAGUAUAAAUAAAAAAACCACCUUCGUCCGAUCCACUCCAAACGCAACAUCCGAACGAAACAAUCAUGGCAGCGAACCCACCCGCGCCUUCAGAAUCCGACCCGAACCAAAACCCGGGUUCGGAGUCCUUUCCGUACUUCGAAGACAUGAACGAACUCGAGACAGUCUUCAACCGCUUCGACGCCAACGGCGACGGCAAGAUCUCCGCCGACGAACUCGACAGCGUGCUCCGGUCGCUCGGAUCCGGCGUCUCUCCCGAGGACCUCCGCCGCUUCAUGGAAGACCUCGACACCGACCGUGACGGCUUCAUCAGCCUCACAGAGUUCGCCGCCUUCUGCCGCUCCGACGCCUCCGCCGACGGCGGAUCCGGCGAGUUCCGCGACGCCUUCGAUCUCUACGACCGCGACAAAAACGGCCUCAUCUCCGCCGCGGAGCUCCACCUCGCGCUCAACCGCCUCGGCCUCAAGUGCUCCGUCGACGAAUGCCGCGACAUGAUCAAGUCCGUCGACGCCGACGGCGAUGGCUGCGUCAACUUCGAGGAGUUCAAGACGAUGAUGACGACCUCCAAGAAUCGUGGCGGCGCCACCAAUGGCUCCGUCCAUUAGCUUCGCCGCCGAUCGAAUUUCUGACGCGUCUCCGGUGACUGCUUCCGUCGUAGUACGAUCUCUCUCUUGCUUCUUCUUCUUCUCUUUGUAUGAUUAUUAAUCGUUUUGGUGAAUCGCUCCGCUGAAACAUUUUAGACAUUAGAUCGAAUUCCGAAUUAAGAUGAUGGAAAUGAAAGUUUUCUUAUGCUUCGUAAAAGUUACAUCGUGCAUGUGUAAA